UAGCAUUUGUGAGAAAUACACGGAGUACCUAUGACUCUUUAGACUCCCGCCUAGAGCACGAGGUUUGGAGAGAGUUUGCCGAGUAAAAUUAUCAACCAUUGCUACACAAGCUGUGAAUACAAAAAAUGGCACUACAUCCUCCAGUCUAUUGGGCACAGAGAAAUGACAGAAUUUUAGUCAGUGUACAACUUGAAGAUGUGAACGAUGAAAAAAUUACUGUAAAUAACACAAUGUUAAGUUUCAGUGGUAAAGGUGGUUCAUCACAGAAUCAGUAUCAUGUUGAUUUAGAGUUUUUGAAAGACAUAAUUCCAGAGGAAUCGAAGCAAAGAAAAGGAGGAAGGGAAUAUUUCUUUGAUCUAAAGAAAAAGGAAGAAGGAUUUUGGCCACGACUACUAAAGGAGACAAAAAAGCCGCCAUAUUUGAAAGUUGAUUUCAACAGAUGGAAGGAUGAAGACGAUUCGGAUUACGAAGGUGAUUUUCACGAGCCAAAUCUCGAAGAUAUGAUGAAGAACAUGGGAACGAUCGACUCGAAGGGCUUUGACCCGGAAGAUGGCAAUGCUGAUGCUGAUGCCGAAGACAGUGACGACGAAGAACUGCCCGAUUUAGAAUGAACACAGCAUGAUGGUAUAUCGAAGUUGGUGCACAGACCAGACGAGAACUCAAGGAGGAGUGCCCAGGCAUGAAUUCUUCUUAACGCCUUGUCAGUUUUCUGAAAGUCGCCAAACAUUGUGAUGUUUCUGUUUACACCUACGGUAGCACUGUAAAUUACUCUAUUCCGUCUCUUGCCCUAACAUUUCGUCUGUAUACAAAUUUAAAUGUGCUUUGUGAAAGAGAGAGGACUUGCUA